GAAACAGUUUUUGAGGGUCGUUGGAGCUCAGUACCGCACCCAGCAGCCAGCAGGGUCACUCCGGAUAUUUGGAAGGAUAGAGGAUGUCUGUCUCACAGGGCGAUGACCACACCUGCGGGCUCCGGUGCGGGCUUCGGCUCGGUGUCCUGGUGGGGCCUGUCCCCAGCGCUGGACCUACAAGCUGAAAGUCCUCCUAUGGACCCAGGGUCACAGGCACACGCACAGCACAAGACCCCUGACCUGGAUGUCCUGCUGUUAGGCUCUGUGGAUGGGCGGCACCUGUUGCAGACACUGGCCAAGGCGACUCUCUGGCCUCUCAAGAGGUUCAAUUUCUAUGUGCUGGAGAAUAAUCUGGAAGCAGUGGCCCGACACAUGCUGAUCUUCAGCCUAGCCCUGGAGGAUCCUGAGAAGAUGGGGCUCCAAGAGCGGAGCGAGACCUUCCUGGAGCUGUGGGGGAACGCACUGCUGCGCCCAGCGGUGGCCACCUUCGUGCGUGCCCAGGCCAGCCGCUUGGCGCACCUGGUACCUGAGCCUGACCGCCUGGUGGAGCAGCUGCCCUGGCUCAGCCUUGGCCAGCUCAAGUUCCGGGAACGGGAUGCCCUGGAGGCUGUGUUCCGCUUCUGGUCAGGCGGAGAGAAGGGACCUGAGACCUUCCCCAUGAGCCGACUUUGGGACUCACGGGUGCGCCACUACCUGGGCUCCCGCUACGACGCCCGGCGCGGUGUCAGCGACUGGGACCUGAGCAUGAAGCUACACGACCGAGGGGCCAAAGUCAUCCACAUCCAGGAAUUCCGACGCUGGCGGGACACAGGUGUCGCCUUUGAACUCAGGGACUCCAGUGCUUACUACGUGCCCAACAGAACCCUGGCGUCGGGUCGCCUCCUGAGCCACCGCGGGGAGCGAGUGGCAGCGCGCGGGUACUGGGGCGACAUCGCCACGGGGCCCUUUGUGGCCUUCGGCCUCGAGGCUGACGACCAGAGCCUCCUGCGGACCCGCAAUGGACAGCCGGUCAAGACUGCAGGAGAGAUCACGCAGCAUAAUGUUAUUGAAUUGUUGCAAGGAGUGGCCGCCUGGAGGCGCCAGAGAGCCACCCAGGGGAACCCGGAGGAGGCCCAUCCUCUGGAGCCAGGAUGCCUAGAGCAGCUAACUUCAACCCAAGAACCCUUCACAAUCCACUUCCUGCCUCUUGAUUCUGCACAGACGCUCCACCACAAGACCUGCUACCAGGGCCGGUUCCAGCUGCUCUAUGUGUCCUGCGGGAUGGUCCAUCUUCUCAGCCCUGAGCUCGGGGCCUGCGUGGCCCCUGGAGGGAACCUGGUUGUGGAGUUAGCCCGGUACUUGGUGGACCUGAGGCCUGAGCAGUUGCAGGCGUUCUCUGACCGCGUUGGGGAGAUAGCGCAGGCGAGUGGGUUCGCCCCGCAGGCUGGAGCCAGUCCCUCAGAGACCUUCGCGCGCUUCUACAAGCUGGAAUCUGCACCUGCCCCCUGCGAAGUCCAGGCCCGUUCUCUAGAAGCGAUGAGUCCUCCCCAGGCUGACCAGGCUCCUUCUCUAGAAGGGAUGAGUCCUCCCCAGGCUGACCAGGCUCCUUCUCUAGAAGGGAUGAGUCCUCCCCAGGCUGACCAGGCCCCUCCUCUAGAAGGGAUGAGUCCUCCCCAGACUGACCAGGCCCCUCCUCUAGAAGCGAUGAGUCCUCCCCAGGCUGACCAAGCCUCUCCUCUAGAAGUGAUGAGUCCUCUACAAGCUGACCAGGCCCCUCCUCUAGAAAGGAUGAGUCCUCCCCAGGCUGACCAGUCCCCUCCUGUAGAAGGGAUGAGUACUCCCCAGGCUGACCAGGCCCCUCCUCUAGAAGAGAUGAGUCCUCCCCAGGAAGCUCUGGCCACACCCACCUCCAAAACUUCAGUGUGACAGGAACCCCAGGGACCAAAUACCCCACUUUAAUUCCUAAAGCAGGCCCCAAGAUUAAAACGAACUCCUGUAAUUCUCAGCCCGCCUCUGGAUGCUCAUUUUUAUUCUGUGUUCUUUCUCAACCCCAGAGGUAUACCUAGGAUUUCAAAUUCCUUUUCUGGGAAUUCUCCAGCCUACUAUUUGGAAGAGUCCUAGAUUGUUCUCUGAGAAUUAUAAAUUCUGUCUGAGACUAAUUGCAGGCUGGAGAUCUGACCCUGGGAUCAGGCUCUCUUUUGCCUUGGACCUUCUCUCCAGACACUCUUCCUGUCAGGGGCAGGGUGUCUCCUCACCCCACAUGAUUCAAAUAAAAACAGUAGG